AUGGACACGGCUGGUCAGAGUGCGCCGGCGACCGAGGCAGGGGGAGAGGGUCGAGGGGGGGGGGGGGAGAGUCGCGAGGGAGUGUUUGUAGGGUCUGUGGACCGGGAGAAUGUGUCCAGCCCAAGCCCCUCCACCAAGCAGCGCUCCCUGAGGGCAGUCUAUGUGCUGAACGAUGGGCUGAAGGCAGUGCUGGCGACCAGCCCCGAGUCGGGGGCACUCCAGUGUCUGCAGAGAGCCUGUGAUGCAGAGAGCGCUCUGCUGACCACCGUCACCUUCGGACGACUGGACUUUGGAGAGACCUCGGUGCUGGACACCUUCUACGAUGCAGACAUAGCGGUAGUUGAUAUGAGUGAUGUGUUCCGGCAGCCGUCGUUGUUUUACCAUCUGGGUGUCAGAGAGAGCUUCGACAUGGCCAACAAUGUCAUCCUGUACCAUGACACUGACCCCGACACCGCUUUGUCACUGAAGCCUCUUUCUUUCUGUCUCCAGGCAUCCAGUGGUAACUACUACUUCAUCCCCUAUGUGCUGACUCCUAACCAUGAGUAUAUGUGUUGUGAGAGCGAUGCCCAGAGGAGGGCCAGUGAAUACAUGCAGCCCAGCUGGGACAGCCUGCUGAGUCCUCUCUGUCUGCCACUCACUGACCGCUUCACCUCACUGCUCAAGGACAUCCACGUCACCUCCUGUGCCUCAUUUAAGGACACUCUGCUGAAUGACAUCAGGAAGGCCCGUGAUAAGUACCAGGGGGAGGAGCUAGCCAAGGAGCUGUCUCGUAUCAAACUCCGCAUCGACAACACAGAGGUCCUAACACAGGACAUCGUCAUGAACCUGCUGUUCUCAUACAGAGACAUACAGGACUAUGAUGCCAUGGUGAAACUGGUCCAGACUCUGGAGAUGCUGCCUACCUGUGACCUGGCCACACAGCCCAUGAUACAGUUCCACUACGCUUUCGCUCUCAACAGGAGGAACAGCCCGGGGGACAGAGAGCAGGCUCUAGGUGUGAUGUUACAGGUGUUACGGUCAUGUGACCACCCGGCUCCAGACAUGUUCUGCCUGUGUGGACGGAUCUACAAGGACAUCUUUCUCGAUUCUGACUGUAAAGACACCAAGAACAGAGACAACGCCAUCCAAUGGUAUAGGAAAGGUUUUGAGCUCCAGCCAACUCUCUACUCUGGUAUCAAUCUGGCUAUUCUGCUCAUUGUUGCUGGACAACAGUUUGAGAGUUCCAUCGAGCUGAGGAAGAUAGGUGUAAGGUUAAACAGUCUCCUGGGUCGUAAGGGCUCGUUAGAGAAGAUGAAUAACUACUGGGAUGUCGGUCAGUUCUUCACCGUUAGCAUGUUGGCUAACGACAUCCCUAAAGCUACGCAGGCCGCAGAGAAACUCUUCAAACUCAAACCACCCAUCUGGUACUUGCGAUCUGUGGUUCAGAACCUGCAGUUGAUCCAGAGAUUUAAGAAGACAACAGUAGAACACUCUCCCCAGAGAGAGAGGCUCAACUUCUGGAUGGACAUCAUCGUAGAGGCCACUAGAGGAAAAAGCAACGGACUGCGCUUCCCGGUGUUGAUCCUAGAGCCUACUAAGGUCUACCAGCCCUCAUAUGUUUCCAUCAACAGCGAGGCGGAGGAGAAGAACGUCUCCAUCUGGCACGUCUCCCCUGCUGAAACGAAAGGGAUCCAUGAGUGGAACUUCACUGCAACAUCCAUCAAAGGAAUCAGUAUCUCUAAGUUUGAUGAGCGCUGUUGUUUCCUGUAUGUUCACGACAACUCAGACGACUUCCAGAUCUACUUCUCUACUGAAGACCAGUGUGGCCGGUUCUGUUCCAUGGUGAAGGAGAUGAUUUCUGAUGGAACGGGAAAUGCAGUGGAGCUGGAGGGAGAUGGAGACGGAGACACACUGGAGUACGAGUAUGACAUUAACGAGAAGGCGGACCGUGUGGUGCUGGGCCGGGGGACCUAUGGAGUGGUGUACGCUGGGAGAGACAUGAGCAACCAGGUCCGCAUCGCCAUUAAAGAGAUACCAGAGAGAGACAGCAGGUACUCCCAACCCCUUCAUGAGGAGAUAGCGCUGCAUAAGUACCUGAAGCACAGGAACAUUGUUCAGUACCUGGGCUCAGUCUCAGAGGACGGAUACAUCAAGAUCUUCAUGGAGCAAGUCCCUGGAGGCAGCCUGUCAGCGUUGCUGCGGUCAAAGUGGGGUCCGUUGAAGGAGGCAACCAUCAUCUUCUACACACGACAGAUCCUGGAGGGACUCCGCUAUCUCCACGAGAACCAGAUAGUACACCGUGACAUCAAGGGGGAUAAUGUAUUAGUUAAUACCUACAGUGGAGUUCUGAAGAUAUCAGACUUUGGGACAUCUAAAAGACUUGCGGGGGUCAACCCCUGCACUGAGACCUUCACUGGCACCCUGCAGUACAUGGCUCCAGAGAUCAUAGACAAGGGUCCUCGGGGUUAUGGAGCUCCAGCUGACAUCUGGUCUCUGGGCUGCACCAUCAUAGAGAUGGCUACUGGGAAACCCCCCUUCCACGAACUGGGAGAGCCUCAGGCUGCUAUGUUUAAGGUGGGGAUGUUUAAGAUCCACCCAGAGAUCCCAGAGUCGUUGUCGUUGGAGGCCAAGUCGUUUAUCCUGCGUUGUUUUGAGCCUGACCCUAAUAAGAGGGCUACCGCCUCAGACCUGCUCAAAGAUAUCUUCGUACGACACAAUGUCAAGGGAAAGAAGAGCAAGAUCGCCUUCAAGCCAUCAGUGUGGCAAGACUACAUCCGCAGUGUUUCGCUGCCGGUGCAGUUACAGUGUGAAGCCACCGGGAGCAGCAGCAGCGAACCCGGCUCAGUGAGUCCAGACUGCGACUCCAAACAGGAUGUCUUCUUUCAGAAGAACAAACGAUCAGGGUCAGAGAACCUGCUCAAACCACCUAGCAACAACUACCUAAGUGUACCGGAUGAAGGGUCAGUGUCAGAGGACCGUAGCUCUCCUGCGUCUCUAGAAGACAGAGAUGGAGGGCUCUUCCUGCUGAAGAAGGACAGCGAGAGGAGAGCCAUCCUCUACAAGGUCCUGAACGAGGACCAGGACAAAGUCAUCUCCAACCUCCUGGAGAACCACAUACAGGGCAGUGAGGAGCUGCAGCUCUCUGUGGACCACAUUAAACAGAUCAUUUGUAUCCUGAGAGAUUUCAUCCACUCCCCGGAGCGACGUGUCAUGGCAACAACCAUCUCCAAACUCAAACUGGACCUAGACUUUGACUCCACAUCCAUCAACCAGAUACAACUGGUUCUUUUUGGCUUCCAGGAUUCAGUGAACAAGGUCCUGAGGAACCAUCAUAUUAAACCUCACUGGAUGUUUGCUAUGGACAACAUCAUCAGACGAGCAGUACAGGCUGCAGUCACCAUCCUCAUACCAGAGCUCCAGACCCACUUCGGCCCGGCCUCAGAGAGCGAGGGACCAGAUAAGGAGGAGGAGGAAGAGGAGGAGGAGGCAGAGUUUGGCCCUGUAUUGGUCACGCCUCCAGACGACCCUGCUGUGACCCCCGAACCUGUGGUAACCUCAGCAGUCAGCACGCUCAGCUCCACCCUCUCCUCCCCGCCUCCGCCUCCGCCUCCGCCUCCGCGCUCACAGCCUCUCGGAGCCCAGUUGGGCCGGCUCAAACAGGAGACCAACCGGUUGUUGGAGGAACUGCUGCACAGGGAGAGAGAGUACCAGCAGGUCCUGAAGACAACACUACAGCAAAGACAACAUGACCUAGAGCUGGUUAGGGUCAGAUACAGACCCCCAGACAUUCCUCCUCCCUCUAUCUUCCAAGUCCCAGUUGACCACGAGCCUGAUAAGCAGCUCACUGAUUGGCUGAAAGACCAGAGUGUGGAUGCAGACACCAUAGACAAGUUUGUAAUGGAGGAGUACACGCUGAGCGAUGUCCUUAAUGAUGUCACUAAGGAGGACCUGCGCUACCUACGCCUACGCGGUGGGGUGCUGUGUCGUAUAUGGCGGGGUAUCCAGAGGCACAGAGAGCGAGAGAGGCUGACAAGGGAUGACUCCAAAGAUGACGGAUGAUGGGAUACAUGAACUAUGACUGCCUUAACACUCACACACAGAGAAAUAGAAUGAAUAGAACGGGCGUCCCCAUUCAAGUCAAUGAUGGCAUAUUGGUUGGGCAGGCAACCAUUGCAAGUGUACCCAUAGGGGCAAAGCAGGAAGUGAAAGCUGGAAGUGUACCCAUCAAUCUGUGUUGUGAUUUGUUGAAUCAACUCAACUGACAUUACAAAAAAAUACAUUCCAUGAGCCACAUCAGUUAGCAUCAUUUGAAUGAACAUUCUAUAUUACCAUGGGAAUUAUUGCAACACAAUACCAAGUAGCCAUUGCGAGUGUACCCAUUAUUACCAGUCAAAUUGCCAGGGAUAGAGGUUGCAAACCCAUUCUAUUCGUUCUAUUUCUAUGCAUGCACACAUGCACACACAGACCAAACUGUUGUGUGUAUGUGUUUGAUUGAGUGUGUGAUUGAGUGUGUGUGUGUGUGUGUGUGUUAUGUACACCACACGUGCUUCUUAGGUUUCGUCCCAUGCCAAAUUCUGCCUGCUCAUUGGUCCUGUAUUGCACCAGGAAGUUUGUGGCCCUAGCCAAGAGAGGCAGUGGGCACUUAGUUACACACACAACCAGACAAUCAGUCUGUAAUGUAGUGUUUAUUUUUUGGUCUUUCUAAUUCUGUAUAGUGAGGUGUAUAGUAUAGAGGUCUAUAAUGUAGAACUGUGU